GGAGAAUCGCCGCAGUCCACGUUAAACUAUAGAGCAAACGGAUUAGCCUAAUUUGCUAAACGGAUUAGUCAUUUUUCGAACUUUAUUAUUGGGAAUAUUUUAUCUAUUUAUGUUUUGAAUUACAAUAGCAUACUUCAAUACUAAAUAAAUUAAUAUUUGUAUUUUGAAUAAACACGAUAUUUUGUCCUGUAAAUUACACAAGUUCGAAUAGUGAAAUUUCCACUAAACCGUUAAGAUUCCAAAAAAGUUUUAAAAAAUUAUACGCAGCAGAUUCUUUGCCUCGAUAUUCCAGUCAUGGACAUCUACAAUUCAAACUGCGAAAGUACAACUCAAUUAUCAGAAAUUCAAUCAUUUUACAAUGAUACGACAAUAUUUUUAACUGGUGGUACUGGAUUCAUGGGAAAUUUAAUACUGGAUAAAUUGAUAAGGACUUGUUCGGGAGUGAAAAGAAUUUAUAUUUUAAUCAGAGAGAAAAAAGGAAAAACAAUAGAAGAAAGAUUUAAAGAACUCUUCGAUGACCCUGUAUUUGAAUUAAUGAAAAAAGAACAACCAAACUUUUUAGAAAAGAUCACUGCAGUUAUCGGUGAUUGUGCUUUGCCAAACAUGGGAAUCGAAGAAAAAUAUAUAAACAUUAUUAAAGACGAAGUAAACAUAGUAAUACACUCCGCUGCUACUGUACGGUUUGACGAACAUUUAAGAAUAGCUGUCAACAUUAACAUAAUUGCCUUACAAGAUAUAUUGAAAAUUAGCCAAAACAUUAAAAACUUGAAAGCUUUCGUUCAUAUUUCAACUGCUUAUUCCAAUUGUGCUGGAAGGGAAGUUGUGGAUGAGAUAUUCUACAAACCACCUAUAACUGGAGACAAGUUAUUGCAGGUCGUUAACAGUCUGGACGACGAAUACAUCACUAGAAUUACGCCUUCGUUACUAGGAGAAUGGCCAAAUACUUACGCGAUGACUAAAGCGAUUGCCGAGGGCGAAAUAAUGACUUAUGGCAAAGGGUUACCAAUUGGAGUUAUUAGACCGUCAAUGAUUAUCGCCACUGAUAAUGAACCUGUUCCUGGAUGGAUCAACAAUUUCUAUGGGCCGACAGGAGUUGUAGCAGCCACCGGCAUUGGUCUCAUGAGGUGUAUGAAUGCCGAUUCAACUAAAACAGCCGAUAUCGUGCCUGGAGAUUAUGUCAGCAAUGCCGUGUUGGCUUGUGCUUGGGAUAUUCACAACAAAUGGAAAGAACAAAACGCCUCUAACGAAAUGAAAGUUGAUAACUUAGAAAAAGAAACAUUAAUUGAUCCACCUAUUUACAAUUUCGUAUCAUCAAGUGCCAAUCCAUUGACAUGGGGAGAAUUUUCGGCGUUGAACAAAAAAUACGGUUGCGAAGUGCCUUCUGUAAAAGCGAUUUCACCAAUUCUGUUGAGAUUAUCCAAAAACAAAUACGAAUACCAAAUUUUAUGUUUUAUCCUCCACAUAAUACCAGCAUUUAUAAUUGAUUCUUUAGCCAAACUCACCGGAAAGAAACCUCUAUUAAUGGAAGGAUAUAGAAAAAUGCACAAAUUCUCCGAAGUUAUAUCUUACUUCAGUUUAAAAUCGUGGACAUUUAACGAUAAUAAUACGAGGUCUUUGGUACAAAAAUUAUCCAAAUUAGAUCAGACUCUUUUCAGAUUCGAUUUAACCAAAUUGAGCUGGAAUGAAUAUUUUAAAAAACACGUAAUAGGUAUUCGAAUGUAUAUUGUAAAAGAUCCAAUGGAAACAUUAUCAGAAGGAAGAAAAUGGAAUCAAAAAUUAUGCAUUGCUUACUACACAUUAUUAUCCAUUUUAGCUGCCACAUUUUUAUUAAUACUGUAUGGAAUUUGUAAUUUGUUUAUAUAACAACAAUUGUUGUUAUAACUCCUAGAAUCUCAGUCAUAUGUACGGUAAAAUCGAAUCAUCAUAUUUAUUGUUCAAUAUUUUACUUACAUAAUAUUAUUAUAAUGAAUAUUUCAUUUUUUUUUUUUUGAUAUGCCUACAUUUAUAUACCUAUACUUUAUACAUUUUAAUAUAUUUACCUAUUUUUGAUACUUGA